UUUCUCUCCAGAAACCAGCAAACAUCCUGGUGAUGGGGGAGGGUCUCGAACGAGGAAGAGUUAAAAUCGCUGACAUGGGUUUUGCCAGAUUAUUUAACUCUCCCCUCAAGCCGCUGGCAGACCUGGAUCCUGUGGUGGUGACGUUCUGGUACAGAGCCCCCGAGCUUCUGCUGGGCGCUCGACACUACACCAAAGCUAUUGACAUUUGGGCAAUUGGCUGCAUCUUUGCGGAGCUGCUAACAUCAGAGCCCAUCUUUCACUGUCGCCAAGAAGAUAUCAAGACAAGUAACCCCUUCCAUCACGACCAGCUGGACAGGAUAUUCAGCGUCAUGGGUUUCCCUGCAGAUAAGGACUGGGAAGACAUUCGAAAGAUGCCCGAGUAUCCGACUCUGCAGAAGGACUUCAGGAGGACAACAUACGCAAACAGCAGCUUAAUCAAAUACAUGGAGAAGCAUAAAGUCAAACCAGACAGCAAAGUGUUCCUUCUGCUCCAGAGACUCCUCACCAUGGAUCCCACCAAAAGAAUCACAUCAGAGCAGGCACUGCAGGACCAGUACUUCCUGGAGGACCCAUUACCCACCACUGAUGUGUUUGCUGGAUGUCAGAUACCCUACCCAAAACGAGAGUUUCUCAACGAGGACGAGCCAGAGGACAAAACAGAGAAGAACCAGACCCAGCAGCACCAGCAGACGGCAGGUCAGAACCAGGCCCAGAACCAGGCCCAGAACCAGCAGCAGACCACAGCCCAGCAGGCUCCGUCCCAGCAGACUUCUGCCCAAACCAACGGCACCACCGGCACCACAGGAACCACCACAGGUGGAGGUUUACAACACAGCCAGGACCAGGGACCGCCCAACAAGAAAGCCCGGAUCGGGCCCUCUGGGGCUUCCUCAGGCACAGGAGUGUUACAGUCAGAUUACCAGGUGAGUGGCAGGUUCAGUGUGUGUCCUCACAAUAAUCUACUGUAGUGCUCCUGAGCCAGACAUUACUCACACUGUUUUACAUGUUAUCAGUCAUAUUGGCAGCGGUGUAAGUGUCAGGGGGGCCCGGGCGUCGUCAGGGACCAGGAUGACAAAAAAAGAGGUUCAGAAGUUUAUUUCUAUACGUGAAACUAGACAGGUUUUCCAGUGUGUGGCCAGUCACCUGCCUACAUGGUGACAAUAGCACUUCUCACGAGUGGCUGUGCAUGUGUGUGUGUGUGUGU